CAAGAAUACAUCAACAUUUUGGGCAAGAAAACAACAACAGGAGAGAGAUUAGAGAGAGAUAGGGAGAGAGAGAGAGAGGAGAGAGAGAGAGAGAGAGAGCAGUGGGGAAAGGUAAAGGUGAGGCGAGAAACUCAUUUGCAGAAAUUAACAACUCUCUCUCACACACGCACUCUCCUUCAAACCCUAAUUCAAUCAAUCAAUCAUUCAAUCCAUCAAUCAGGUUUUGCAGAUUACGGAAGCAGAUUGAUGCGUUAGGUUUUGUUGCUCGUACCGUUUGCUGUCUCUUGUUGUGAAAUUUAGGGUUCGUGUGGGUGGAAGCGUGUGUUUUUUACGUGUUUGAAGAUGCGUUUUGUUGUUCAGGCGAUCGAUGUUCUUGUUGUUGUAUUUUAAACUAGAUCGGAUUGUGAUUUGUGAACCGGUUUCUGGAUCUUGUUAAGUUGAGUUUUCGGUUUUGAUUGGUUGUUGUGAAUCGUUUGGUGGAGAGAAAUGAAACACGAUUGAUAUUUGAAUUUGCUUUCGCUUCGGUUUGUUGUGUGUUUGGGAAACAAUCAGUUGGAUAAGCUUGAGGAUUUGGAUUGGGAUGCAUUCUGCUGCUGCUUCAAAGGUUUAAUUUGUUAAAGUUGCUAUAUAUAACAUAUAUUGGACCAGAGGUGGUGGUGGAAAAUGGAUAAAAAGAAGGUUGUGGCAGCUGUGGGAGACGAGGAUGCUGUGUUUAUGUUAGGGAAUCAUGGGAGCCAUGAAGAUGUGGGUCAACCUGGUGACGAGAUGGAAACCGACGAGGCUGGAAUCGAACAUCAGGAUGAUGAAAAUGUGAUAUGUAAGUCGGAUAACACAGAUGAUGAGAAUGUGGUGUUCUCGAGGGAGGCACCGCUUGUGAUUAAAGAGCGUGGCGGUUGUACCUACAAUGAUGGAAGUAAAGUUAAAUUAGGUGGUGUGAAUGGUGAGAAAUGUGUACAAGAGAAGAAACUUAGUAGGCAAGAUCGAAUUGAGCUGGGGCGUUUGUAUCAGGGUGCUGUGAGUUCUCAUGACUGGGAGCUUGCGGAGAGUGUGAUAUCUUUAGCAGAUCCGCAAACGCUUAAUGAUGCUUUGUGUAUUUCACUGGAUUCAAUUUGGUUUUUGAGCACCCAUCAGGAGCUUGAUGGGAUUACUGGGUUGAUUAAAACGAUAAUCUCGAAUGGUGCUUCUGACUUUACAAGAGCAGCCCUAAGGACUUCGUUCUUAGCUUCCUGUGUUUCAGCCUGCCAAAGCAGAACAAUGAGCCUUGCAGACACUGUAUCUGUUAUGGCACAACGUUUACAUGAGCGGUUGCAGGAGUGUAACGGAGAUGAGGUUCUGAAGGCUGAAGCUGGUGCUAAGGUUCAGAAGUUCACCGAAUGGGCUUUGAAAUGUAUCGGGUUUCAUUCUCGUUGCCAGGGGAACAAAGACAGGGUGAAUCAAAACUCUGCUGUCCAGGUUCAAUUACAGCUGUCAGCCUUCAAGACGUUCUUGGAUCUAGCUGGCAAUCAUCUAACAGGAAAGGACUUCACAGAGGCAUUCGAUGCAGCUUGCUUUCCUCUUACUCUCUUUUCAAGUUCCUUCGAUCCCGGUUGGGCAUCAGGUAUGUCAGCAACUGCUGUUCAAGGGUUGCUAGCCAUGUUAGUGGAAGGAGGUGCAGAUAAUGUAAACCAAUGCUUUCUUGAGGCCUCUCGGUUUGGCAGCACAGAACUCGUUCGCAUAUUAUUGCAGAUUGCUCAAAGGAACAGCUUGGAUGUAGACGUUGACCUGGCAUUAGGGUUCGCUUCACACUACGGAAAGAUAGGCACCAUGGAAUGCUUAGUGGAAGAGGGAAACGCCAUGGCCUUUUUAGGCCCAUUAAUGCGAGCCGCCGAAAGAGGCUGCAUGCAGGUGGUCCAGUGGUUCGUCAAACGAGGCUGCAGAGACAUGGAACUUUGUCUAGCCCUAACAGCCGCCACAUCAAGCAGCCAAGUCGACAUCGCCGCAUAUCUCCUCCCACAUGUCCCACAACACGUCCUGGCGGCACUCAGCAUUGAAAUCCUCAAAGCCGCCGGUGAAAGAAGCGGCGGGUCCCUCGAUGGUGUCGCCUUUCUUUUACAAUCCAAUUUCCUCGGCGACCCAGUCGCAACAUACGCGGUGGCGGAUACGAUUUCCCGGUCAGAUGACGAUUCGGUCGCACCUGAGCUGCGUGAUUUUCUUCAUGAACAGUGGUCUGAAGCGGCUUUCUUAAACGGGUUGAGGCAAGGGCAGGUUCAUUACUUUAAUCUGGUUAGUAUCUUGAAAUGGGGCGGGUCACCCAUAUGUUUAAUGGACCUGCCUGGCCCGUUAAGGGUGGCGAUAGCGUACCUGCCACUGUACAGGGAGUGUGUAAAGACGGGUGGGUGUUUGUUGUCCCAACAACUAAGGGGGCAGUUGGUGGAAGCCGCUAAACGGUUGGGUGGUGUAGUGAUGGAGGAGGCGGGCCAGGGGCAAGAGCUUUUGGCCGUUGUAGAGCAACAUCUUCCUCCAUUUUUGCUUCAUGCAUGAUGAUGAUGAAUCAAACAUGUUGUUUAAGAAGAAAUUUUGGAUCUUUGUGGAUCCUGUUUUUAAUGAAUCUAUGUGUCAAAUGAUCAUGUACAAGUGAUAUGACAAUAGAGAUUUGUGAAGAAGCUCCAUGGCAUUGUUCUUUUAA